AUGCCAGUUCAUCAUCAGGCGCAGGGGGCGGGCGACGUCACCGUCCACAAGAUCGAGAAUAUGGGUUCCCUGGGCAACAACGGUUACAUCGUCAUCUGUCCCGAGACCAAUCAGGCCGUCUGCAUCGACACGCCGGACCAGCCCGAGAAAAUGAUCAACGAGGUGCAGGCCAGCGGCGUCAACGUUCAGGCCAUCCUGGUGACCCACGGGCACGGCGACCACCUGGCCGGCUACACCGAGAUCACCGGCACCAUCGGCGCGCCGGCCGCCAUCGGCACGGCGGACGCGCACCUGCCGCCCAGCCCGCCGCAGCGCCAACUCAACGAUGGCGACACCGUCGCCUUCGGCAACCGUACCAUCCAGUGCAUCGGCACGCCCGGCCACACCGAUGGCUCGACCUGCUUCCUGGUGGGCGGGUUCCUGUUCUCCGGCGACACCCUCUUCCCCGGCGGGCCCGGCCGAUCCCGCAGCCCCGAGGCCCUGCAGCAGGAGCUGAACAGCAUCAGCGCCAAUCUGCUCACUUUGCCGGCCGACACCUACGUGUAUCCCGGCCACGGUCCGGAUAACACCACCAUCGGCGAGGCGAAGCGCCGCUACGACGUCUUCAUGUCCAAGUCUCACCCGUCGGACUUGCAGGGCGACGUAGACUGGCUGAACACCUAG